GAUGAAGAUGAUGGAAGCAGCGCAACAAGUGUACUGGUGGUUCCUUAUCCUGAACUGGUGCCCGUCGUCUUUUUCUGCCUCAAGCAGACCACCUGCCCUCGCAGCUGGUGCAUCCGCAUGGUCUCCAAUCCGUGGUUCGAGAGAGUCAGCAUGAUGGUCAUCCUGUUGAACUGCAUCACUCUAGGAAUGUACCAACCCUGCCAGAACAUCGACUGUUCCUCCGACCGGUGCCAUAUUCUUUCGGCCUUUGAUGCAUUCAUUUACAUUUUCUUCGCUCUGGAGAUGGUCAUCAAAAUGGUGGCGCUGGGAAUCUUUGGCCGACGCUGUUACCUGGGAGACACCUGGAACCGCCUGGAUUUCUUCAUUGUCAUGGCAGGCAUGGUGGAAUACUCGCUGGACCUGCAGAACAUCAACUUCACGGCAAUCAGAACCGUGCGAGUGCUGCGACCGCUCAAAGCCAUCAACAGAGUGCCAAGCAUGCGCAUCCUGGUCAACCUACUGCUGGACACGCUGCCCAUGCUGGGUAACGUGCUGCUGCUUUGCUUCUUUGUCUUCUUCAUCUUCGGUAUCAUUGGCGUGCAAUUGUGGGCAGGGCUGCUGAGGAACCGCUGCUACCCAGAGGAGAAUUUUACUCGAAUGACGGGCAUCCAGCUUCCCCGUCCAUACUACAUGGCGGACGAGGACGACGAGCGUCCGUUCAUCUGUUCUCUCCCGGUGGACAACGGCAUUAUGUCAUGCCAAGAUGUACCAGCACGGCGUGAGGGAGGUCGCACCUGCUGCCUGGACAAGGAUGACAUCCUCUACCGCCGCUCGCUGGGCCUCAGCGUAGAGCCCCCACCCAACGGCAGUGUCGGGGCAUCAGGCCUUUGCGUCAAUUGGAACCAAUACUAUACCAGGUGUCACACUGGAUUCAGUAACCCGCACAAGGGGGCCAUAAACUUUGACAACAUUGCCUACGCCUGGAUCGUCAUCUUCCAGGUGAUCACGCUGGAGGGCUGGGUGGAGAUCAUGUACUACGUGAUGGAUGCGCAUUCCUUCUAUAACUUCCUCUACUUCAUCCUGCUCAUCAUUGUGGGGUCAUUCUUCAUGAUCAACCUGUGCCUGGUGGUGAUUGCCACGCAGUUUUCGGAGACCAAGCAACGUGAGCACCAGCUGAUGCAGGAGCAGCGAGCGAGAUGCUCGUCUUCAUCGACACUGGCCAGCCAGCCCGGGGACUGCUACGAGGAACUCUUCCAGCUCCUCUGCCAUGUCAUCCGCAAAGUCCGCCGACAGACCAUUGCAUUCUUCAAUGCCCUGCGUGGCAAACCACGAGGAUUCCGCGGUGUUGGCAGAGGUCGGCGGGCAGACGACCCCAGGGAACGAAAGGCCAACAGGAGGGGAGGGCGGGGUGCCCACAAAGUUUUGAGACCUGGUAAGCACAAGGAAAUAUUUGCCUUGAUAUGCAAUUCUUAGCAAAGUUGCCCACCUUUGCACCAUCAUAAGAGACCCAACCAAACCUCCACCGACGAGUCCACCGCAGUUACCGAUGGGGUGACACCCAUCAGGGGCGAAGGUGAGGCAGCGCAGGAUGGCGAGGCCGAAUUGGUAGACUCAGCCAAUCCAGAAAGGACCGGAGAGCGCUGUGGGAGGUUGUGGUACGACACCAGAAUGAAGUUGUGGGGCAUCGUUGAGAGCAAGUACUUCAACAGAGGCAUCAUGAUCGCCAUCCUUAUCAAUACAAUUAGCAUGGGCAUAGAGCAUCAUCAGCAGCCUGAGGAACUGACCAACGUUCUAGAGAUCUGCAACAUCGUGUUCACUAGCAUGUUUUCCCUGGAGAUGAUCCUCAAAGUCACUGCAUUUGGCUCCUUCAACUAUCUGAGGAACCCCUACAAUGUCUUUGAUGGCAUCAUUGUCAUCAUCAGCGUGUGUGAGAUCGUGGGGCAGUCUGAUGGUGGCCUAUCGGUGCUACGGACUUUUAGACUUCUGCGGGUCCUCAAGCUAGUUAGGUUCAUGCCCGCUCUUAGGCGACAGCUUGUGGUCCUUAUGAAGACCAUGGACAACGUGGCUACCUUCUGCAUGUUGCUCAUGCUCUUCAUCUUUAUCUUCAGUAUUUUGGGAAUGCACAUCUUUGGCUGCAAGUUUAGCCUGAAGACGGAGACAGGAGAUACAGUGCCGGACAGGAAGAACUUUGACUCGUUGCUGUGGGCCAUCGUCACCGUCUUCCAGAUUUUGACUCAAGAAGACUGGAAUGUGGUCUUGUACAACGGUAUGGCGGCCACAUCACCACUUGCCGCGCUGUACUUUGUGGCCCUAAUGACUUUCGGGAAUUAUGUCCUCUUCAACCUGCUGGUUGCCAUCUUGGUCGAGGGUUUUCAGGCAGAGGGAGAUGCCAAUCGUUCUUAUUCUGACGAUGACCACUCCUCUUCCAACUUUGAUGAGAGUGAGAAGCACGAUUCCAUAAAAUUGUCAGACCCCAGAAUCAGUACCUUGACGCCCAAUGGACACCUGGAGCUGGGGACUUCAACAGGGUCCAAGGGGGGCUUGCAUUCUUCCAAAAGGCAGAGCUUUACCGCCGAGUCCCGAAACAGCAGCGUGGUUAGCGGUGGGAAGUGGAGCCUAGAGAGACGAUCUCUUUCGCUGCGUCACGGUCGCACUUCCAAUUAUCACAACUGGGGGCGCCCAUUCCAUCCUCAAUCUGUGUGGAGCCGCAGGUCCAGCUCCAACAGUCUGGGCCGGAGGAACUACGGCUUUGGCGGGGCCCCUCUGGUAGGGGGAAGCCUCCGUUUACACAGCACCCACACUCGUUACACAUGCCCCCACCCUGCAGAACAGGAGUCUCUCCUCUCCCGGUCCCUGCAUCCUCAACAUCCCGCAACAACUCAGGGUCCUCCCCCGGCCGGAAUUUUCCUCUCCAGGAGGGACCGCCGGGCGCUGUCACUGGAGUUACCGGAGCUCAUCCAGGCAGUGGGGCAGGGAGUCUUCCCUCCUGCCACCAAUGCAAAAGUGGAGUACGGGAAGAGAAGCAGGGGGUCUUUUGCAGGGGGUUCUGGCACAGAGAGCGGUGUCGGAACAGACCACCGGGACUGCAACGGCAAGGCACCCCAUAGCCGACUGAUGGUUGAUGUUUUCCCACAAGUCAAUGCACGCAAGGAGCGAGCAGACCUGGAUGAAGAAACGGAUUAUAGUGUUUGUUUCCGCAUGCAAAAGAUGAUUGAGGUGUACAAGCCGGACUGGUGUGAAAGCAGAGAGGACUGGUCAGUCUACCUCUUUUCACCUCAAAACAAGUUCAGGGCACUUUGCAAGUCCAUCAUUGCUCACAAGCUCUUUGACUACGUGGUCCUGGUCUUCAUCUUUCUCAAUUGCAUCACGGUGGCUCUGGAGAGGCCCAGGAUCCAAGGCAGCCUGGAAAGGCUUCUCCUCACCAUUUCCAAUUAUGUCUUUACUGCCAUCUUUGUGGCCGAGAUGACCCUUAAGGUGGUGUCGAUGGGCCUUUAUCUGGGCGAGACAGCCUACUUGCGGAGUAGCUGGAACAUUCUGGAUGGCUUCUUGGUCUUUGUAUCGCUUAUCGACAUCGUAGUUUCCAUGGCAGGUGGCGCUAAAAUCCUUGGCGUGCUCCGCGUCCUUAGGUUACUGCGUACAUUGCGUCCUCUCAGAGUCAUCAGCAGAGCUCCGGGUCUAAAGCUGGUGGUUGAGACUCUCAUUACCUCUCUUAAACCCAUUGGCAAUAUUGUCCUUAUUUGCUGUGCCUUUUUCAUCAUCUUUGGAAUUCUUGGAGUUCAGUUGUUCAAAGGCAAGUUCUACUACUGCGUGGGUCUUGAUGUGAAGAACAUUACCAACAAGUCCAACUGCCUGGCCGCCAACUACAGAUGGGUGCACCACAAAUACAACUUUGACAAUCUUGGCCAGGCUCUGAUGUCCUUGUUUGUGCUGGCCUCCAAAGAUGGUUGGGUGAACAUCAUGUAUCACGGACUUGAUGCGGUUGGCAUCGACCAGCAGCCGGUGAUCAACAACAACCCAUGGAUGCUUCUCUACUUCAUCUCGUUCCUGCUCAUCGUCAGCUUCUUUGUACUCAACAUGUUUGUGGGUGUGGUAGUGGAGAAUUUCCACAAGUGUCGCCAACACCAGGAGGUGGAAGAGGCCAGGCGGCGUGAGGAGAAGCGCCAACAACGCAUGGAGAAGAAAAGGCGCAAGGCCCAGAAACUUCCUUACUAUGCCUCCUAUGGCCCGGUGCGACUGGCCAUCCACACGCUCUGCACCAGCCACUACCUGGACCUGGUCAUCACUUUCAUUAUCUGCAUCAAUGUCAUCACCAUGUCACUCGAGCACUACAGCCAGCCUCAGUCUCUAGAGACAGCACUGAAGUACUGCAACUACUUCUUCACGUCCACCUUUGUCAUUGAAGCAACUCUGAAGCUGGUGGCGUUCGGAUUUCGACGUUUCUUCAAGGACAGGUGGAACCAGUUGGACCUGGCUAUCGUGUUGCUGUCUGUUAUGGGCAUCACGUUAGAGGAGAUUGAGAUCAAUGCCUCCCUACCCAUCAAUCCGACAAUCAUCAGGAUCAUGAGGGUGCUUAGGAUUGCGAGAGUGUUGAAGUUGCUUAAAAUGGCAACCGGGAUGAGAGCUUUACUCGAUACUGUUGUCCAAGCUCUGCCUCAGGUGGGAAAUCUCGGCCUGCUGUUUAUGCUACUAUUCUUUAUCUAUGCUGCUCUUGGUGUGGAGCUAUUUGGAGAGUUGGUGUGCAACGUUGACUAUCCGUGCGAGGGAAUGAGCCGUCAUGCCACCUUCGAAAACUUCGGAAUGGCAUUCCUCACACUCUUCCAGGUGUCUACGGGCGACAACUGGAACGGCAUAAUGAAGGAUACACUCCGCGAGUGCCCCCCGGGGCAUCCAGGCAACGACUACGGGUGCCACGCGGGUCUCCAGUUCAUCUCUCCAUUGUACUUCGUUUCUUUCGUGUUGACGGCUCAGUUUGUCCUCAUCAAUGUGGUGGUCGCUGUACUCAUGAAGCAUCUGGAUGACUCCAACAAGGAGGCACAAGAAGAUGCUGAGAUGGAUGCCGAAAUCGAGCUCGAACUGGCUCAGAGCGGCCUCUGCUGCAUGAUUGGUGGCAUUGGGGUCAUAGCAGGGGCUACGGGUGGGGCCGUCGGUGGACUGGUUGCCGCAGCAGGGAUUACUGCAGUGGCAGACACAGUCGGGGGGGCAAGUGGACCUUUGGUGGUUGUGCCAAAAGACGGAGGAGGUUCUGGUGGCAUGGGCGGUCUUCAGGAGGGACACCACCAUAACAGAUGUCGACUUUAUUCUCCUGCUCAGGAAAGCCAGUGGCUAGACAGUGUGUCUCUGCUAAUCAAAGACUCAACGGAAGGUGAUAUGAUCGACAACCUCUCCGGCUCUGUCUUCCAUCAUUACUCCCCCAUCUGCAAAGACUGUGACGGACAUACACAGGAGGUCCGUCUGGCAGAGGUGGAGAGGACUUCACUGAUGUCGGAGCAGCUGUCUGACAAAUCAUCAUCACCGGCACUGCCCGAUGAUCUCAGCCUGGAUGAACACGCAAGCUACCAGAUGUUGAUAGAAGGAAGCCAGGGGGGCAGCAGUGGUGACUCCCACAAUUCGAGUGAGUUGCCCAUAGAGGGGUGCUUUGAGUGGCUCCCUCAUCCAGCCACUUCCAAAGGAGAGCAUGAAGAAGAUCAAAAAGAGGAAAUCCAUCAGCUUUUUGAGUCCAGCAUUCUUCCCCCAUCGAGUCCACCCUCAGGAGAAAGACAAAUUACGACACAUUGCACAGACAGCAAAACACAUGAGCGAGUAAGCUGCAUCGAUGGAGAACUCAGGUCCUCGCCACUCUUCCACCUCCCGGCCGAUUUCUUUCACCCCACCGCCAACCCUCGAGACAGGCCUUUGUCCCGGUUGGCCUCCCCGACCUCCUGGGCAUCCCUCCGCUCACCCGGAGCCAACAGCGGGGUGGCGCACUCAAGGCACGUGUCCCAGAGUGACUCGUCAUCAACCACUAGCAGUCCAGAUGGCUACCGACAAUUGUCUCUCAAGGAGGACCUCAGCUUCAGUAUCUCACCAACUCGGCACCUGGAUCCCCCUUUUCACCUGUCAAACCUUACAACAGUCGAACUGGAUCACUCUACAGUGAAGAAUCACAGCUCUACUGUCCCCCUCCAGGCUACCAAGGGGCACCAGAAGAGCCCCAGCCAGCCGCAGCAGGACUCUGCUGAGCCUCUUGACGAAGGCACUGGGGAGUGUCUGUCGAACACCCUCAACAGUCUUUCAGUGACCUGUCAGCAAACGGAUGUAAAGAGCACGCCAGAAAACGACACAAACUCCCAGAAGAACAGAUGA